AUGAUUGAAUCAGUGUCGAUUUUUCAGCAUUGGUACAUUGCCGUCCCGUGCAUCUUUGUCAUAUACAAAGUCGUCGACUAUGUUCGAACACUAUACGUGAAAAGGAAACUUGGAGCUCAACUGAUCUUAAACAAGCGAGGAGACGGAUGGUUCGGCUUUAAGACGGGGAGACUUACAGUCAAGUACCAGAAAGAAGGGACAGCGGUCGCGAUAAGCCAGCAGCGGUUCCGUGAAGUUGAUCACCCGGAGGUUUUCACGUAUCAGGACCGGAUCUUUGGCCAAACCGUCGUGAUCACGAAGGACCCUGAAAACAUCAAGGCGAUGUUGGCGACGCAAUUCUCGGAUUUCGUCUUGGGCGAGAGAUUAAAGGCGUUUGGGCCAUUGUUGGGCGAAGGUAUAUUCACGUUGGACCAUGCAGGGUGGAAGGACUCACGAGCAAUGUUGAGACCGCAGUUUGCUAGAGAACAAGUUGCCCAUGUGAGAUCCUUGGAACCUCACAUUCAGUAUUUGUUUAAACACAUUGAUCUUCACAAGGGCGAGUAUUUCGAUAUCCAGGAGCUAUUCUUUAGAUUCACCGUUGACUCGGCUACCGAGUUUUUAUUCGGUAGUAGCGUUAGCUCGUUGCAGGAUGAAUCAAUUGGGUGCAACACCAAGGAGCUCGAUUUCGCUGGAAGAUUGCAAUUUGCAGACUCGUUCAACAAGGCGCAAGUUUACCUCGCCGUGAGAACCACUUUGCUGAAUCUCUAUUGGCUUGUAAACCCCAAGGAGUUCCGAAAUUGCAAUCAAGUGGUGCACAAGUUCGCUAACCACUACAUCGACCUCGUCUUGAGCUAUUCUCCAGAAGAGCUCGAAGAAAAGGGCAAUGGAUACGUUUUCUUGUACGAGUUGGCCAAGCAAGUGCGCGACCCCAAAAUCUUACGCGACCAAUCGUUGAACAUCUUGCUCGCGGGGAGAGACACCACCGCUGGUUUACUAUCAUUUGCCAUAUUUGAACUCGCGAGGAACCCGCAAAAAUGGGCCAAGCUCCGUGCGGAAAUCUUGCAAAGGUUCGGACCAACUGAUCUUGAAGAUAUCACAUUUGAAAGCUUGAAACUGUGCGAGUAUUUGAAAGCAGUCUUGAACGAGACACUCCGGUUGUACCCCUCCGUGCCACGUAACGCGAGAUACGCCACCAAAGACACAACGUUGCCCCACGGCGGUGGUCCCGAUGGCGCAUCGCCCAUCUUCAUCGGCAAGGGACAACUUGUAGUUUACAACAUAUCAGCAACUCAGUGCGACCCGUACUAUUAUGGCAAAGAUGCCGAUGUGUAUAGACCCGAGAGAUGGUUCGAAGAGUCAACGAGGAAAUUGGGAUGGGCGUAUUUGCCAUUCAACGGUGGUCCCAGAAUCUGUUUGGGACAGCAGUUUGCGCUCACGGAAGCCAGCUACGUUCUCACGCGGAUGGCUCAGACUUAUAGCCUGUUGACGUUGCGUAAUGGAUACGAUUAUCCGCCUCGGAAAAUGACUCAUUUGACCAUGUGUUUAUUCGAUGGAGCGUGGGUGAAGGUGGAGAAGUAA